CCAAAGUUGUACAAAUACUACAACGAUGUCGUCUGCCGGACAGAAAAGUUUGAUCCCUCUCUUCAAUUUCCUUUCCCAAAGUCUGUGUUCAGCAUGGCGACUUUCAACCUCGGAGGAUGUGUUUUCACCGAGCGUCAUUUUGAUGUGUGCGACUUUGCUGGAGGGCUUUGCUCUAUUCAGGCGCUUGGCAACUACAAUCACAAGAAAUGUGGCCAUCUCGUUCUAUAUGAGCUCAGACUCGUCAUCGAAUUUCCACCGAGGUCGGAGGCCUCCAUCCCAUCAGCAUGCGUUUCUCACUCCAACAUUCCUGUGACUGAGGAAGACGAGUUCCGUGCAUCCUUCACUCAAUACACCUUGGGCGGACUAUGCCAAUGG